GUCAUUGUACUGCGACCCUUGUUCCUCGCCGCUGGGGAAGCCAGGCUGUCCUAGGAAGCUGAGUGGGAGUGGCACGUAGCUGCUGGAGGUCCUGAGAACCUGAGUUUCGGCCAGCAGCCAGGUCUGGAAACUAAUAUUUUAAAAAAUGACCACACCAAACAAGACACCUCCUGGUGCUGACCCUAAGCAGUUGGAAAGGACUGGAACAGUACGGGAAAUUGGGUCACAAGCUGUUUGGUCACUCUCAUCUUGCAAACCAGGAUUUGGAGUGGAUCAGUUACGAGAUGACAAUCUAGAAACUUACUGGCAAUCAGAUGGCUCCCAGCCUCAUUUAGUGAACAUUCAAUUCAGAAGAAAAACAACAGUGAAGACAUUAUGUAUUUAUGCAGACUACAAAUCUGAUGAAAGCUAUACUCCAAGCAAGAUCUCAGUCAGAGUAGGAAAUAAUUUUCACAACCUUCAAGAAAUUCGGCCUCGUGUUUUACACGUGGUAAAUGAAGAAUCUAUGAAUCUUCAGGUCUCAGAAUAAAGGAAUGAAAAUAUUGAAGCAGAAACUGGGAAUAAAAGACAAUGGACACUUUUCUGUGUCCAUUUCUCCUUCAUACAGGGACUAAGAUAAUUCUUCAUACAAGGGUUUGUAGAUAUUUGGGGAUCUUUCCUCUUGUGUUUGAAAUUUUAGUUGAUGGUACAGAACGGAAACUGUAGCUUCGCUAUCUCACCACUAUUUUAGAAUCAGUUGCCUACUUUGUAAUUAGAUAGCUAAUUAAGAAUGAUAAUUAGCUAACUGGAUGACUCACAACUGGUUUUGAUUUCUGGUACUUAAUUAAGUAGGACAGAGGCAAUAUGUAGAGGAGGCUUUCAAGAAACUUACAAUGAGAAAAGAUCUAGAUUCAGACUAAGUGGUACCAUGACUGUGAGGCAAUGGUAGGGAAAUGGUUCAGAUAACACAUUAACUAUUUAUCUUAAUCUUUAUUGAGCCUAAAGUCUUUAGAUGUAAUCUUCCAGAUUAACAUGUUUCCUAAAUAGCUAUGUGAAUUUUCUUUUACUUAUUUUUGAUAAUGAAAAGAUUAAAUUCUUGUUCUGGUUCUUCCAUGUCUCCUAAGUUCCCAUUCUUUGCUACCAGAUAAAACUACCACAUAAUGGCAGAUCCCUCAUAUUGAAAAUACAUAAUCUUCUCUGAAUCUUCUUCCUCAUCAGUCAGGACAAGGGGGUUUCUUAGGGUUUGCCUGGCACAUUUAGCUAAAAUAAUAAUAAUAAUUAUAAAAAGGCCAGGUGCGAUGGCGUACACCUGUAAUCGUAGCACUUUGGGAGGCUGAGGCAGGCGGA